GGAGCUGAUGAUUUGGACCCUAGAUCCUUCUCGGCUAGAUAUAUUGCUGAUUCGGACCGAGUCCAGCUGAUUUGGAGGCAACCUUCACAACCGAAUGGUCUACUUCUCUACUACGUCCUCCGGUUUCGAUACUUGGGCGAGCUUUCUUCUCAUCUUACAGCUUCCUUAGACCUAUCCUCUUCUGUGACUCUUUAUCCUUCCAUAUCUUCAAGCUUCAAUUUCAUCAAGAGGUUAGUGACAAACACCUCAUUAGGCUUGUUUGAAGAAAAAAAUAACUCCACUGUAGAUUCUGGAGACAACUUCAUUGAAGGCAAACGCAAUCCAGCCGUUAAUCAGUUCGGACGAUUAGCACCACCUGACGCCUCCAAAAUGAAUGUAAGCCCUUCUAUAAAAUUGGAUGAGUCAAAAAUCGAUCUCAAAAAUGAGUCCCAUCAUAUAUCUGACGGUUUGGCCACUGGCGCCCUUUAUCACGAGGAGAUUCUACUGCGAAACCUUCCUCCGGAUGCCCUGAUUUUGGCGCGUCUGCCGGCUUGGUCUACCCGAUGUGUGUCGUAUACUGAAUGGGCUUGCAUUUCUUGCCCCGGCUCCAGCCACGAAAACAUGUUUCCCGUUUCAAACGCUGCCUCGAGUCAUGACAGUGAAAUCGUUUCCCUUUUUCAAUCAGCCCAGUAUCCAUCCCCUCUAGCCCGUUCGUCACGCUCAACGACUAAUCUUGAUUCAACUUACAAUCGGUUUGCUAUGCAAGAGGCAUUACCACAUUUAACCACCACUUUGGGGAUGACAGGCAAUCAGCCGCUGCCGACGAUUAGUUCACAGAAGGAUCCUCUGCAAGUCACCAGACCGGUUGCUGCUGUGGGGGGCGUCCAUUUGGCCGAUCUGACACCCGGAAUUUACGAGUUUCAGAUAAUGCCGGUCUCAAUGGCUGGCAAUGGCUCAUGGACGCAGUCACUCUACUUGAAUGUGCCCAAAUCAAGGUUUCAUGGACGUUUAGCCGAAACGGUCCCAUCGUUCCCAGUAUUUGGCUUGGUCCUAUUGAUCCUCUUCGUGAUUACUGGAUUUUUCGUAAUCCUGCUUGUACACAAAGUUCGAAAAAGACGUCUAAAAGCGAGUACCUGGCUCUCUCCAAACCCGGAAUAUUGGAAUCUCUAUGAAGUGGAUGCCUGGGAAUUGGACAGAUCGGCUAUCGACACACUUGACUGGCGCCACCCUCUCGGUCAGGGUAGUUUCGGCAUGGUUUUCCGGGGCCGUCUUCUAAAACUGACCACACCCGCCAUGGCCUAUUACACAGAUCCGGUCAACUUAGAUGUUGCUAUUAAAGCAAGGCUUUUGUUGUUUAUACUUUUUUUUCAACGCGCCUGA